AUGAGUGGUCGCUUUCCAACUUUGUCUUCAUUCUGCUUUGGCACAGAGUGUUGCGUCGAUUUGCGCUACUUUGCGAGACUCGCUACCAGCAACACGCUCGAGGCCGCUUGGCCCGUCGCAAGAGACGGUGUCAUUCGAACACAGACGGUGCGUGCUGAGCCUAAAGCGAAAAUGCUUGUCGACGUUGGUGAACAACAAGGAGAAUGCCGUCCAUGUGCAUGGCCAAGGUCAAUGUGGGGAACGCUAACAGCGGCUACUGCUGCUGCCCAGUAUGGAGCGUGGAGCCGAAUCCUAUUUGACACGAUCCGAGUCACGAGUCACGAGUGGCGAGUGGCGAGUGGCGAACUGCACAACUUUGGCCUCCUCGCAUAA